UUGCAAGUUGUGUGUGAGUGUGUGUGUGCACGAACGACAGUGAAGGAGAGAAGAAAAUAUUGGAAGAGAAAAAAGCCCAGAAAAGGGAGCAGAAGACGUACCAGGUGAAAAAGAUAAAAAUCUAGGCAAGUUGGCGAAUUUUCCGGGAAAUUCCCAGCGUCGGGGCUCUGCGAUGUCAGCGCAGUGUUCGCAUCCCUGUGACGAGGCAGUUAUUGCGACGAAUGACGACGCCAGUGAGUGCAAAAGGAGUGCCGUACGUCUGGGCUACUGGCAGGAUGACUAUCUCAGCUUCUUCAUCAAGAACCCCGCGGAGAGGAAGGCGCCCGAAAUCAAUCGUGGCUACUUUGCCCGUGUCCGUGGUGUGGAAAUUUGCAUUGAGAAAUUCCUGCACAAGACAUCGGGCAGUGCGUGCCAGAUUAUAAAUCUCGGCUGUGGCUUCGACACACUGUACUGGCGUCUCCGGGAGUCUGGACAUCAGAUUGCCAAUUUCAUUGAGUUGGACUUUCCCACGGUCACGGCGAAAAAGUGCUACGCCAUUAAGCGCAACAAGCGUCUCCUUGAGAAGAUUCACGUACCCGACGAUGGGGAGGUGCGCCUGAGUUCGACGGAUCUCCAUGCCAGCAACUACCACAUUAUGGGUGUGGACCUGAGGAAUAUCGAUGAGCUGCAGAAUAAGCUGAAUCAGGCUGAAAUUGACUACACCAUCCCCACAAUUUUCCUCGCAGAGUGCGUUCUAGUCUACAUUGAAACACAAAAUUGCCACAAUCUCCUCAAGUGGCUGGCCACACACUUCCCCAUUUCUGCCUUUGUCAACUACGAGCAGGUGAAUAUGAAUGAUCGCUUCGGGGAGGUGAUGCUGGGCAAUCUCCGUGCACGCGGAUGCAAUCUCGCCGGUGUGGAUGCGUGCACAUCGCUCGAGACGCAAAUCACGCGCUUCCUGAAUUGCGGAUGGCAUGGGGCACGUGCCUGGGAUAUGGUGCAGGUGUACCAGAGUCUCCCGAAUGGGGAAAGGCAGCGAAUAGAGAGACUGGAGAUGCUAGAUGAGGGGGAACUUCUGGUGCAGCUCUUCCAGCACUACUGCAUCACAAUUGCAUGGGUUGGUGAACUCUUUCAGGACAUUGAGAUCACGGUGGAGAAGAGGAUGUCAUCACUCAAUAUUGAUUAAAAAAAAAUUAAACACUAACUCUCGCUAAUUAAGGCAAGGACUAAAGUCACUGUGAAAUGAAAAAUAAAAUAUUUCUGUGGAUUAAA